AUGGACUUUGCGAUGGUGGAACUCAACUACCAAGGGGUAUUUAAUCGAAAUCCUUUCUCUUACACUGGUGGUGUUAAAACCAUCUUCAAUGAUGUUGAAUUUUCUUCUAUGACUUAUUCUGAGUUUGUGACCUUCUGCGAACGUUUCAUGCAUGAAGAGUGUAAAAAGUUUUACUACUGUGAACCAGACAUGUCCUUCAUGGAAGGCCUUAAUCCCAUUUCAGAUGAUGUGGAAUAUUCUGCUUAUAUUUUUGAUGCUUAUGGAACAGAUGGUGUAAUUUCAGUUUAUGUGGAUCAUAUUGGGGUUGGUGUUGAUGGGUGGCAUGAUGAUAAAGAUAAUGAUGAUGAUGAACAUGAGUCUUGUAUUGAUGGUGAAAAUGAAGACAACAUAGAUGAACUUAGAAAUGUUGCCUUUGAAUUUAAUGAGGAUGUAGUGCAUAUGAAUAGGACAUCAAAUGAUCCUUUCUUGAGUAAGCUAUGUGUUGAUGAUGAGGAUGCAAACAACAUUGUAGAUGAUGACAAUGGGAGAGAAGUUGAAGUUAACAUACAAGCUCAUUCCAUAUUUAAUGAGCUAUUACACUGGAAAAAACAAAAACCAAUUCUAGGGAUGAGAUUUAAGGGUCCAGGGCAAGUAAAAUCAAUGUUGUGUAACUAUGUUGUAGCUAAUGGAUAUCAAUUGUGUUUUGAAAAAAUGAUCGGACAAGACUUUUGGAACUUCAAGUUUGGAUCAUUGGUGACAUAUGCAUGGAUUGGGAGUCACUAUACCAAAGAGAUUGUAGAAAGUCAGAAAAUAAGUGUAAGGAAGCUUAGGUUAAAGGUAAUGGCCAAGUUUGGUAUCCAAGUUAGUAUGGGGCAAUGUAGAAGAGCAAAGAAGUAUGCACUGAAACUUGUUGAAGGAAACCUUGUUGAACAUUAUGAUAUGGAGGAUGGGCCAGAUGGAAAGAAAUAUUUUAGCAAGUUCUAUUGUUGUUUUCAAGGAGUUAAACAAGGUUGGAUUGAAGGGUGUAGAAGGGUAAUUGGUCUUGAUGGAUGUUUUCUUAAAGGUGUUUGUAAGGGAGAAUUGCUUUGUGCUAUUGGGAGGGAUGCAAAUGACAAGAUAUAUCCUAUUGCUUGGGCAGUGGUUAAUGUGGAGAACAAGCAGAAUUGGAAGUGGUUUCUAGAGCUUCUCAUUGAUGAUCUACACUUGAAUUUAGGCAAUGGUUUCAGUUUAAUGUCAGACCAACAUAAGAAGAGAUUUACUGGUCCAUAUAUCAUAUUGUUUUGGAGAGCAUCUAAAGCCACAACUGAGCAUGCUUUUAAAGUUGUGAUGAAAGAAAUUGUGACAUUGAACCCAGAAGGCCGUCAAUAUCUCAUGGAGAAAGAUCCUAAAACAUGGUCUAGAGCUUUCUUUCAAACUGGAAGGUGUUGUGAUGCAGUUGAAAAUGGGUUCUCAAAAAGUUUUAAUGUUGUAAUAGUAGAUGCUAGGAAGAAACCCAUAAUAACCAUGUUAGAGGAGAUAAGAUUAUACAUGAUGGACAGAAUCUACAACAUGAAAUUAAAGGGACAACAAUGGGGAAAUCAUAUUUGUCCAGAGAUAAGGGAUAAGGUGAAUUUGCUUAAAAAAGCUCAAAGGAAUUAUCAGGUACUACCAAGUGGAUUAAACCAGUUUGAGGUAAGGGGAGCAAUAGAUGCAUAUGAGGUGGACUUAGAAAAAAAAACAUGCUCAUGUAGGUUUGUGGCAAUUGAAUGGAUAUGGAUGUGCUCAUUCUGUAGCUAG